AAAACAUGGGACAUGGGCAACAGCAUCAGGGAGGAGGGCAGAUUGUGGAAGUGAAACUCGAGAAAAGCUGUGAAAAUAAACAAGAGAAGGGAGCAAAGGAUUCAAAUAAAGGGAAAGAAAUUGUGCUUAAAGUUUAUAUGCAUUGCGAAGGAUGCGCCGCCAAGGUUUUCAAUUGUUUGAAAGGUUUUCAAGGCGUUGAACAAGUUAAGACGGACAUGGAAGGUGACAGAGUGAUUGUGAAGGGACAAAAUGCUGAUCCUUUGAAGAUUUUGGAAAGAGUUAAGAAGAAAUACAGUAGAAAUGCUGAGCUCAUUUCUCCCAAACCAAAACCUAAAGCCACUGAUGGAAAGCAGUCGCAAAACAAACAAGAGCCUCCGAUUAAAUUUGUUGUACUUAAAAUGUACAUGCACUGUGAAGGCUGUGCAAAUGAUAUUAAGAGAAGUAUAGGAAGAAUGAAAGGAAUCUUAAAUGUUGAACCGGAUAUGAAGAAGUCGACUGUGACUGUUAGGGGAAAUUUUGAUCCACCAAAACUUGUUGAAGCCAUCGCCAAACAAUUUGGAAAGUAUGCAGAAAUCGUCGCUGAGGGACCCACCGACAAGGCAAAUGGAACGGGCAAGCAAGGCAAAGAAGAAGAGAUCAUGUUCCAUUAUCCUCCACAAUAUUCCCUACAACAUAUUUAUCCCACUCAAAUUUUUAGUGAUGAAAAUAUUCUCUCAUGCUCCAUAAUGUAAACCGA